AUGAUGAAACGUGACAUUUGGAAAGAUUUCAUUGGCAUCAAACAGUUUCUGUGUUAUUCGUUCCUCUUUGAACACAACAAAGGGGAACAUCUUGUUCCUCUGAAUGACUGCGCAAUUUCCAUCAUCACUCGCUCAGCGAACAUUCAGCUUGUCUGCCAGCAGGUUUGCAGCAUGGAACAACUCAACUCCUCUGUUGUCCCUUCUAACAUCUCCUCAUCUCCUGGACAUCCAUAUCCUGCCUCCUGGGUUUCCACCGGUCUCAUCCCUGCGAUGGUGCUGGUCCUUUGCUUCCUGCUGGGAGUUCCUGGAAACAUCGCUGUGGUCAUCAUCAGACCAAACUGGCAGCACCUGUCGAUUCUGAGCCAGCGUUUGAUGCUGAAUUUGGCCAUAUCAGACCUGCUCUGCCUGCUCACCCUGCCGCUGUGGAUUUACACGUUGCUGCAAAGCUGGACCAUCGGCCUGGUGACCUGUAAGAUCCUGGCGUAUCUCAUUUACUGCUGCCUUUAUAGUAGCCUGAUGACUGUGACGGCGCUGAGUGUCCAGCGCUACCUACUGGUGGUGUACCCACAGAGGUGCUUCAAUCAGGUAGGAAGGAGGAGGCUGCUGGUUCUGCUCUGGCUGGUUGCGAUGAUCCUGUCCGUCCCUGCUUUAGUGGUUCGACAGCUGACCACAGACCAGAACUGGACAACCUGCCAAGCUCAAUUCUCUUCCCCGGCCCAGCAGAUGGCCGUGCUGCUGGCAGAGUCUCUGCCGGGAUUUGUCUCAAUUAUUGUCGUGGUAUUUGCAUACAUCACCCUCCACAGAAAAGUGAACCAGGCGGCUUUCUUCAACAACCCACAGACGACCCGACUGGUCACAAGUAUCAUCGUGACGUUCUUUGUCCUAUGGGUGCCAUAUCAUAUCACAAAUGUGCUCGCUGUGGCAGCAAUUUCACUCAAAAAUGACGGCCUGUUGAAGUUUUGCGAGGACAGCUGGAGCAUUGUUGGAGCACUGGUAUUUGUGAAUAGCUGCCUGAAUCCACUCCUUUAUGCAUUUGCUUCUAGAAACAUGUGCACUUUAUGCCGAAAAAGGGAACAUACUGUUAAUGCAGAGGGGCCGUUGCAGGAAGUUUAAUCAUUUGAUAUAGUAUGAUCGAUGAAAAAAACACCAAAUAUCAGUGAAGAACCUCAAUGAUGAUGAUAAAAGAUACUAUAGAAAUGAUUUUUGUUCUUGUUGAACUGAAAAAAGGUGUUUUUAGAUGAAUGAUCUCAUGCUGACACACAGUCCUAGGGUGUUGUUCUCUCAUUUGUCACAGAGAGAUGUGCUUGAUUUGUGGUUUAAUGAUGAUUUUGAGGUUAAGCAACAUCUCCCCUCAAACCAACUGUGAGCUGAUUACAACUGGUCCUCAGCCAGAGUUGUAAAAAUAGAGGUUUGAAUGAAUCAGGCAAAUAGUCAAAAUGUGGAAAUGAUACCAGCACACACACAUCAUUCAUAGGCUCAACUACUACUGUUAUCAUACUAAUAGAUGAUGUUUGUGGAUGGCAGGAUUCAUUAGAGUAAAUCACCGACAGGUUUCUAUUGCAAAUAAGCUAAGCAAGUUGAGGUUCAAUGUUCAUCCUUGGCCUUGGGUACAGCAUUUUGAGCGCUUUCGAUUGGAUCACAUGAUCUUCAUCAGCAGAUGGAGGUUGCCCCGUUGCUGCUUUGCAUUUUCCUGACCAGUUUAAGGGCUUCUCAAAAGUCACAAGUCUUUUGUCAGCUGCUGUUUCUGAGGUCAAAAGUGAACUCUGAAUCUCACAUUUUAAGCCAACAUGGACAAUUAGUCCUUAAUGUGCCCACACAAAAAAAACAUGUAAUUUGAACUUUUCCAUGACAAGUGGCAAAACUAAAAAAGAUCAUAUGAUAUGACUGAAGGCUCUAGAACGGCUACUAAACAGCUACUAAAUGGACCAUGAGGGGAGAUUAUUUUGCCGAAACAUGCAAGGUUUUAUUAAAAUAUAUAUUUUUUUAUUGUAAAUAUCCAAUUAAACAAUAUUUCCAAAAAAAUGGAUAUGUAGCAUGUAGGAAGAAAGCAUUUGUUGUUUUACAUCCAUUACUGUUUAAGGAUAAAUAUAUAUGAUGAGUGAUGUUGGAUGGGAAACAAAUUGAGAUUAUUGUGUGGAAAAUGCUUUUGCUUUGACAUCAUGUCUAAGAAUAUGUAGAGUCGUCACUGUUGCGGUAUAUCAAGAUGUGAAAAGUAAGGCUCAGCUAUGAUGGAAGUGUCAUAUCGAAACAAGACUUCAGUAAAUUAGCAUUUAUCAGUUCCUCUGUAAUUCGUUCCUCUUUUAACACAUCAAAUGGGAACACCUUCGGUACACUGACAGACUGUUUCCAUCUUCACUCACUCAGCGCUAAAUAUUCAGCUUGUCUGC